CAUUCACACUUCAAGUGGAGACGCACUCGAGAGCUCAGUAGAAGAUGAAAUUACUUAUUGUACUCAGCGCCAUCCUUGUCUGCUGCUCAGCUGCUCCGUGGGGCAGCUCUGGCUGGACCUCGGAUCCUUGGGUGAGCAGCAGCAGCAGCGGUUGGAGCUCUAAUCCUUGGGUGAGCAGCAGCAGCAGUGGCUGGAGCUCAAGUCCUUGGAUCAGCAGCAGCAGCUCAGGAUGGAACUCACGUCCUUGGGGCAGCAGCAGCUCUGGCUGGCAUAGCGGCUGGUCCUCGCAGCCCAAGAUCAUCAAGGUGGUUAGUCUGGGCGGCGGUGGUGGUGGUGGCUGGCACAGCGGCGGCGGCUGGAGCUCCUGGUAAAGCGAAAACAAAUCCGCACAACGUCUGAGCCUUUUUUUUUUUUUGCUUCACUUG